AUGUCUAAAGGAGCUGGUGGAAGUGUGAACCAACUGGGAGGGAUGUUUCUCAACGGCAGACCUCUUCCAGAAUGCAAAAGGAGGAAAAUGAUUGAACUGGCCUCAGAGGGAGUCCGUCCAAGCCAGAUAUCCAAGAUACUUCGGGUGUCCAGUGGCUGCGUCAGUAAGAUCCUGAGCCGCUUCCACCGCACCGGGCUGCUGGAACCAAAGGCCACCGGAGGGAGCCGACCUCGCCUUCUCACCCCCGAUGUCAUCUCUACAAUAGUCCAGUGCAAAAGAGAAAACCCAACCAUUUUCGCCUGGGAAAUUCGGAAAAAGCUCGCAGCUGAACGAAUCUGUAAGCCCUCCAAAGUUCCCAGUGUUUCCUCUGUAAACCGCAUUUUGAGAAAGAUCCAGGUGGACUAUGGGCCAAUGUGCAUGGAAAUCAAUGCGCAAAACAGGACCGACCAAGGUCCAGGGUUUCCUCCCAUAAACCAAGGGGUAAUGAGUGAGAGAGUGCUUUCAGAGACAGUAUGCAGUAGUAACCAGAAGCCUAAAGGACCUCAGCACCGGAGCCGCACCACCUUCUCCCCAGAGCAGAGCAGAGCACUAGAGCAAGAGUUUUCUCAAAGUCAGUAUGCAGAUAUGUAUACAAGAGAAAAACUGUCAGCUGAGAUCAAACUUCCUGAGGACAUCAUCAAGGUCUGGUUUUCAAACAGACGUGCCAAGUGGAGGAGGGAGGCCAAACAGAUGGAUAACAUGCCAUCUGUUGUCCUUCAGAAGGAAAGGGAUUUUACUCCAAUUAAUCCAACAAUGUCACUCAGCUUCACCAGUCAACAGGUGGACUGGAAGGAGACAGGAGCAUCAAGAGUGUGCUGUGACACUUCAGAAGCCCCCCACACCUACAGCAUAGUUCCUCGGAAGGUACACUGUGGCUACCAUGUAUCAAAGGAAACAGGUAUGGGUAGUUCUGAACCUCUGACGUCCAUCUCACCCUCAUUCCUUCACCAACCAAAUGGCAAGAUUCACCCACUAAUCCAUCCCAUUACCCAGAAGACUCCACUGGCUCUCCACACAGACAGAUUCACCUUCCCGCUGGUUCACCACCACACAGAUACGAGGACAUGCCUCCCGUUUGUGAAUGAGGCACUGAGAACCGACUGCCCCUUGUCUCAGUACUGGAACCGGCAGGGACCUGCUUUCUCUUUGAGCCACUAUCAAACCGAUGAGAAGUUUCAGUUUGCCCAACACCAGGAGAUGGUGCAUGAAUGCUCGUCACUUCCUGGACAAAAUGCGCAACCACUGUUUUAACAUUGCUGAGUGAGUGACUCACAGCAUUCUUCUUUUUCCCACGCUCAUCUAGAGUUUUGAAAGAAGGGGAAGCAUUAUUCAGAAUCAGAUGCCUCUUCCUCAAUAUUUUGAGUUUGAAACAGGAAUUGAAUUUGUGUGAUUUCAAGGGUUGAACCUGGAUAUCUGAGUGGAUCAGAGACUGUCAUCAUGUAAAGUAAUCCCAGAGAACUCUUAAAAAACAAUAGUGGAAUUAAAUUUGCCCAGGAUCAAGAUUGAUUCAUUCUGGACAGCAGAGGGCGACAGAGGACUAGAGUACAUUUUUUCCCUUACACUCUUUUUCUUUUUUCAAGCCUACUCCCCCUCCUCACAAAUCUCCCUUCACUGUAUCUGGCACUUUGAAUUGCUCUUCAUUAGGGGUAAUGUUGUAAUGGCUAUCAUGACUGUCAUUCGAAGUACAGUGCAGUUUUGUAAACCUUACGUCAGAUUUAUCCAAUGCCUAUUAAUUCAAACCAUGUUUUUCCCUACAUCAUGUAAAGGAGGAGAUACUGUCACUUCAAGUUAAUAAACUGA